AUGUGACUGAAGGAUAAGACUAGCAUCUUGCUGCUGGCCCCAGCCCAAAGGUUAUGGCACUGAAGACUUGUGAACGCUGGUCCCUGCUCAUUUUCCUCUUCCUACCCUUUUGCCUAUGCCUGGAAGAAUAUUCAGAGGAACAACAUGAGGUUGUGGAUAGGCCUGCUCAUUUUGAAUGUAGCCACUGUUGUCACAGAGCAGAGCCUGGUCCCCGUGGAUGGCCUGGUCCUCCUGGUCAAGCUGGCAUUCCAGGAAACCAUGGAAAUAAUGGAAAUAAUGGGCUCCCAGGACAUGAGGGGGAGAAAGGUGAGCAAGGCCGAAAAGGAGACAUGGGACCUCGAGGAGAACGUGGAAUUCAAGGCAUUAAAGGCGAGAAGGGACAAGCCGGGAUCCCGUCAGAACUCAAAGUUGCUUUUAUGGCUUCUAUGGCAACCCAUUUCACAAACCAGAACAGUGGUAUUAUUUUCAGCAGUGUGGAGACCAAUGUUGGAAGCUAUUUUGAUGUUAUGACUGGAAGAUUUACUGCACCAAUAGCAGGUGUUUAUUUCUUUAUAUUCAACAUGUUGAAGCAUGAAGAUGUAGAAGAAACAUCUGUCUAUCUAAUGCACAAUGGAAAUGCUAUCAUAAGCAUGUAUAGUUCUGAAUCCAAGGGCAAACACGAUACUUCAGGAAACAGUGGAGUGCUUAAGCUUGGAACAGGAGAUGAAGUAUGGCUGCGGAUGGGAAAUGGAGCCUUGCAUGGUGACCACCAAAGAUACUGUACAUUUUCUGGUUUCCUUCUUUUUGAGGAUAACUAAGAACCUUUAUUAUUAAUGUUGUUCCUUAAUAACAUUAGAUGCACCAUACUGAGAAUAUAAUUGCACAUUCAGAUCUAAAGUAACCCUUUAUCCAUGGUCUAUUCAGAGUGGUGAGAGUAACUUCAUUAAAACAUAAAAAGCCCAUUUCUUCCUUCUGAGUUUGGCUUUCCACAAAUUAUUUUAAGUAUUUUCAUUCUAAGCCUCCACUCCUCCAUCCUACCCUAUGAUUACUGGUGCGAGAAAAGAUACAUCUGGCCAAUGCAUAAAAUUCACCCUGGUCAAGAUGAGGGCACACAGAUAUUUUUUGCAUCCCUACUCAAAAUUUCCCAGUUGUAGAGGAGACAUUAGGCAGUCUAAAAGCAGAUGCACAGUUUAGACAUGCUUGAAGGAGGUCUCAUCUAUACAUUUUGGACUCCAGUGCCAAAGCAGACCAGUCUGUCUGUUGCCCUGCUCUUCUCAAUGUUUUGUUACAAAAAGUGGACAAAACCUGGGAGAAAUGCAUGAAUAUUGCUUGACUGCCACCUGCUCUCAGUCUCCAUGCAUAGCUCACCACAAUAGUGAGAGUGUGUGUGGCAUAACAAAUUUUCAUAUGAACGUUUUGGCUCCUAGCAUCAAACAAGGUUAUACGUUUAGGCAUGGUCACAAGCUGGAUCUGGCCAUAGCAAAUCUAUUUCUAUGCUGUGUCUAAGAAGUAAUAAAUUGGGCCCUACAGUAUUUAAUGUAUAAAAUGCACCCAUUAACAAUAACACAUUACUAAAUACAUGACAAUAAUAAAAUGUAUUUCAAGUAGAAAUUUUAAGUAGGGUUAAAUAUUUCAGUAAAUUGGGACACUUUAUGGAAAGAUUGUGUCAUUAGAGAUGAUAACUUCAGGAAUUUUUUUUUAAAAAUCAGAAGCAUCAUAUUAACAGGUGAAAAGCAUAAAUGCUAGUAACAGUUCCAGGGUUAACACCUUUUGUGAUUGAGAUUGUACAAUGCCAACAAAUAAAUCUAUAUACAAGA